UUACAGUUACGUUUGCGUGUUUUGUUGUGCUGAUAGAUGAAAUUACGUGUUUCGUUGACCAAGGAGCACGUUCUCAAAAUCAGACUUCAAAUUGAUUGCUAGUCAGUUUAAAAGAACUGGUGAGGUCUUAAUUUGUUCACAUGGCAGCCAGCCAGCAAACAAGUUUGGUGCAGGGCAGCAUGGGCGUGAUGAGACAGGAUAUAAACAAAGACGAUCAACCCCAAUUUAGCUUCUCGUCGAAAGGUAGUUCAUAUAGUGGUUGGGGAAAUCGGCGUAGAAACGACAUGAGUAACAUGACAGCCCAGUGGCGACAGCUAUACUUAAGUCGGGCAAAACUUAAAGCAGUAAGCAGGACUUCGGCGCUCAUAGCUGGUUUUGCAAUGGUUGCAAUGGUUGAAGUCCAAUUAGAUAGAUCAGCAACAUAUGAUCCAGUACUUUUGAUAAUGUUUUCUACUGUAACAACAUGUUUAGUGGCAGUCCAUCUAUUUGCAUUGAUGAUCUCAACAUGUAUGUUGCCAAAUAUUGAAGCCGUAUCAAACAUUCACAAUGUGAAAGCUAUAGAGCAGUCUCCACACAAACGUAUGAGGACAUACAUUGAGGUUGCAUGGAUUUUAUCCACAGGUCUUGGCCUUGUUCUGUUUAUGAUUGAAAUUGCGUUACUUAUUUGGUUAAAGUUCAUUACAUUAAGACCUGUUAAUGAAGUUAAUCAGCCUACUGUUGGCAAUAACACUACAACUGUUUCACCAUUAUUAAGUUCUGAUGCUCCAGCUUGGGUAGCUACAGCUGUUUUAAUACCAGUUGUGAUAUUGUUUGCUGGUUUUGCUGUACAUUUCUACAGAACCUUAGCCCAACACCGUUACACGAUAAUGGAGGAUGCAUUUAAUGAGAUUGAGACCAUGGCAAAUAAUGGCGAUGAACUAUCUCAGUUGCAGCCUGGGUACCAUCAACCAAUUGGUCGUCUUUAUUCAGGGGUAUCUGCACACAGUCAGUUAGCUCGUAAUUCAGCAGACCAGUUGCGUGAGACACAUCGUCACAGUGGUUCAAGUUUAAGCGGUCAUUUUUCUGUUGACCAAGUUUGAAAUGCUCAAAAUUUUAACCUAGUUACUACCUUGUCUGAGUGCAAUAUUGCAAAUACCAUACUCUGCAAUACACAGUAAUGGAGGUCAUGGUUGGAGAUCCGCAGUCAGUGCCUCUUUGUUCCUUGUACUUCAGUCCUCUCCUACUUCCCAAUCAUAGUCUAUUUUUGUGUGGAAGUAUUUACCAUUUUUUGACCAAAUUUCUCUCUUUUACAUAACCAGUAUUUCAAGCUAAACUAAGCUUAAAAACCUCUCUAAUUUUUUAUGGUGUAGUUCAACCAAAUAAUUGUUUACCUUUAACUGAAAUAGAGUUUGGUGUAUUAACAAUAAAUAGAAUAUUUGGUCUUGAAAGCAGUCACCCCUGCUACCACAGUUAGUGUUACUAAAGUGUUUUUUCAUUUUAGUUUUUUUUUCGUAAUUUUGCACUCUUCAAUAAUCUACUUUGUCAUAGAUUUUAAUUUUGUUUUAAUUGCGCGUUCUGCUACUGUUUAUAAAGUUUGUUAUGUUGGCAUACACAAAAACUGCAGUACUUGUUGAUGUUAACGAAAUGACCGAUGAUCUGUGCUGUCUUAACUUGCAAUAACAAAAAUGUUUUGAAA